CCGUGCGGUGUGAGAUGUCGAUUUGUAAGAAUAAAGAGGAAUGCCCCGAUAGUAACCUUCAAUCAGCCCUCCAUUUGCAAGUACCCACCAUCAUCAGUACUUCAAUUGAAACGACAGAAAUCAGUUGAGAAAGGAAUCAUGACUGUAUUCUUUGUAGCUGCAAUUAGCGCAUCGAUUUUACUCAAUGCGUUCUCAAACGCGUUCUCCUUGCCACAGAUGGAGACUAAUGGCGAAUCCAUUCUUGGUACUGUUGACUCACCGUUGUUAGAGCCAUUGGAAGGUUCAUCAUGGGGAGAUAUGUCGCUCGAGACCACCAACGUAUAUACUGCAACAUUCUCGGACGCUGUAGUGCGACGAUAUACAUUCAAUGUCGCUAGGGUAUCACUCGCUCCAGAUGGCGUUACCUCGCCAAUGAUUGUGGUCAACGGCGCGUUCCCUGGGCCGACCAUCGAGGCCAAUUGGGGAGAUAUCAUUGAAGUUACAGUGAAUAACCAAAUCCAAGGCCCGGAAGCUGGGACAAGCAUACAUUGGCAUGGCCUCUUGCAACAUGAUACGCCUUUUAUGGAUGGUGUUCCUAGCGUCACUCAAUGCCCGAUCGCGCCCGGAAAAAGCUUUGUUUAUCGAUUCAAAGCAGACAGGCCUGGUACUAGUUGGUGGCAUGGACAUUUUGCAGCCCAAACUGCAGGUGGGCUUCAUGGUGCUAUUGUAAUUCAUGGACCUCCACAGAAUGGGGCGCAAUACGACGUAGAUAUAGGGCCAGUCUUACUCAGCGAUCGUUAUCACAUAGACUAUCGAACACUGAUCCAAGGAUAUCUGAGCGUUCCGCUGCAGCUAAUACCCAGCGACAGUAAUCUCAUCAAUGGGAAAGGAACUUUCAAUUGCUCCACGACUUCCUUGCCAUGCAAGCCAGAUGCUGGAUACUCCAAAUUUAUGUUUCAAUCUGGAAAGCGACAUCUUCUUCGCCUCAUCAACUCAGGGGCUGAAGGUCUCCAGCACUUCACCAUCGACAACCACGAAUUCCUGGUCGUUGAGCUCGACUUUGUAUCGAUCAUUCCAUUCAAGACAAAUAAGAUUACACUUUCGCCCGGACAAAGAGCCAACAUUGUCGUUCAGGGUACUGGCAAACCAUCCGAUGCAGUUUGGAUGCGCACAGACAUUGACCCCGUCUGUGCUACCGCGACAAAUCCCAAGACCCGGGCAAUAAUACUGUAUGAGACAGCAGAUCAUGGUGCAAUUCCAAACACAACCGCGACACCAUACACGGCCGUCGGUUGUACCACAUACGAGCUUUCCCAAACCACUCCCGUGUACGCGAUCGCACCGCCCCCUAAACCUGCAACACACAUCGACCUCGACAUCACGGUGGGCGUCAAUGACACUGGUCACACCCAGUGGUACAUGAACGGGAGUCCCUUUCGCGCGGACAUAAACCAGGCACUGCUUGCACGUGCAGCUGUUGGAGAUACUGCUUUCGAGAGACCCGAGUGGAACGUCUACAAUUUUGGCUCAAACUCCAGCGUGCGUAUGCUGAUGCGAAACUACCACAUAAGCCCCCAUCCCAUGCACCUACACGGUCAUGACUUCUGGGUUCUUGCCGAGGGUCACGGUGAAUGGGACGGCUCUGUCGUCAACCCAAGUAAUCCGAUCAGAAGGGACACGCAUCAAGUCCUACCCAUGGUGGAUGACAAACCAGGGUACGCGGUCAUCGAAUGGGAGCAGGAUAAUCCGGGGAUUUGGGCGUUCCAUUGCCAUAUCUUUUCGCAUUCGAGUUUGGGGUUUUACAUUAAUAUUUUGGAGAGACAAGCCGACAUUCAGGACACACUAAUCCCAAACGCAGUUACUAACUCUUGCACGUCUUGGAACGAAUAUGCAAUGAAAAACGAGGUAGAGCAACCUGACUCAGGCAUUUAA